AUGAUGUGGGUCUUGAUGGCCAGUCUUUUGGUUGGGACUGCAACAAAUCCAUUUGGAAAUGGCUAUUUUCAGGGUCCAAAUGAGGGUCCUCUUAAGGCUGCAUCUGCUUGUCCUGGGGCCUUCGGCAAGGGUGCCCAUCCUGGUUAUGCUGGGGAUUUGUUAGCGGACUCUACAACUGGUGCUAUCUAUAAUGCUCGUGGUGUUGAUGGAAGGAAAUACGUGCUUCCUGCUUUAUUUGACCCUUCAACUUCAACUUGUUCCGCUUUAGUCUGA